AUGGCCAGGAAUGGUAUACAUGGGGACAGAUUGAAUGAUACUAUCAAGGCCACGUCUGAUCUGAACAACUUUAUCACUGAAAAACAGGGCAAAGCGAUCACAAAUAAUCUUCUUAGAAUGACCAGUAGGGAACUUAGAGGAACUAUUGUUAAGGAGUUUUUGGAUGGUCCGGUAGAUAUCUUUGACAUUGCAAGUGCAAACUGCGAUUUCGAAGGGCAGGACACUUGCGACUGGACUAAUGCCGGCUUGGAAGUCUAUCCGGUUUCUCCAUCGACCGGACUAGACAUGUUCUCUGCGCCAAAGAUAGAUCAUACCACAUUAGGGGAUCUAAACGUGUACAUGUAUCCAGUAACCGACGGUGACGACUUGAGUUUAAAGCAGCCUGUGUACCAACUGACUGGCCCUCAGACCGGUUUAAGAGUUUGGCUUCAGGUCAACAUUGAUUAUAUAGCCCAAGAGAAUUUUGAAAUCGCCCUGGAAUUCGUCGAAGGCAAUACUGGAAGAUAUGCCACUGCAGUCGAUGACCUAACGGUUGUUCCUUCCCAUUGUCCAGUUCCGGACUUGAGUUUCAACUGCACAUUUGAAGAAGGCUCCUGUGGGUGGAUCCAGUCGGAGUUUGAUGAUUUCAAUUGGCUUUUGGAGCAAGGACGGACCCCGUCCACUGACCUUGGACCAGUUAUUGACCACACCAGAGGAGAUGGAAAUGGCCGUUACUACUUUUUCCAGGCGACAGGACUCUUCACUUCUCAAUAUGCUGUGCUUCUCAGUCCUCUUGUCAACUCAUCUGACAGCCAAGACGGAUCAUUGUGCUUCAGCUUUUGGUACAACAUGUUUGGGAUAAAUAUAGAGGAAUUGGAGGUGGUUGUGACAACAAACCUGACCGAGCCUCUGGGUACAUUCAUCUAUCGCAUAUAUAAAGAGCAAACUAGUCAGGACGUUUGGCUGCAAGCAAUGGUUGAUAUCGUCAACCAAACCGAAGACUUCCAUGUUGGACUUGUCGGUCGUGUUGGUGGAAUUUCUUCUUCGGAAAUAGGAAUCGACGAUGUAAGCAUUAUCCCGGGUCUAUGUCCACAAGGCAACCAAGCAUUCAACUGUACCUUUGAGGACGGGUAUUGCGGCUGGACCCAGCGUGAGGGUGACGGCGAUAACUGGAUAAUGGACAGGGCCAGCACAAAGAUAACCUCGACUGGGCCUGAUUUCGAUCACACUUUAGGAGAUAACACCGGAAGGUACAUGUACUUCUCUCCCAGUCAGUUCAUGUACACGCCCAUAUUUGAAAGUCCUGUGGUGGAAGUAAACGGGGAGAAUGGCCUGGACCUUUGCUUUAGUUUCUGGUACAACAUGAAUGGACGAUAUAUAGGCACGCUGGAGGUGUAUUCUUAUAACGCCACUGGCAGCUCUAGCAAUACUAGCGGCAGCGUCAAGGUUUUCAGCGCGAGUGGGCCGCAGACAGGAAGGAGGGGAUGGCUUCAUGGGCUGGUCGACAUCAGAGAUGUCAACUCGAAUAUCAGGUUUUACUUCCGAGGUGUACCAUUGGGAACUCGCAAUGGAGACAUAGCAUUCGAUGAUGUAUCUUUACAGAGGGGUUUGUGUGAAAAGGAUACAAACUUCAACUGCACUUUUGAAGAAGGAUCGUUGUGUGGAUGGGUGAGGUCUGACGAAGAUGACAAACACUGGCAAUUACAGCGUGGAGCUACUGACACAGCCAAUACCGGACCCGAUUUCGAUCAUACCACUGGGACAAUUGAGGGAUCCUACUUGUAUUUGGAGGCAACCGUAGCAACCACGGCCAUCUUACUCAGCCCUGUGGUGACUCCACCGGUUACUGAUGCCUUGAAGUUCGUCUUCUGGUACAACAUGUAUGGCGAUGCAACAGGUACCCUUAACGUCUUGAAAGUACCUGAAAUUGGGAAUUUAAGCUCGAGUCAGAUGGUCUACUCGAUGGCUGGGCAGCAAACUGCCGACUCUACAUGGCUGAAGGCAGAGGUAUUUUUAUUAGACCUGACAUCAAGCUUCCAAAUAGUUCUUCAGGCUAACCGCGGUGUGGGCAUCAGCGGGAGGUCGGAUAUCGCAAUUGAUGACCUGGAAAUAACUUCUAACAUAGGUGAAAUACCAAUUGUCACCACGGACGUCCAAACGACCACUGCAGUGGACGAGCUAUCCACUAGUGAACAAACGACUGGGGUUGCAACAUCCUCGAACGACGAAACGUCCACCAGUGAAGCACCGAUCCAGCUAUCCACUACUGACCAUGGGACUGAGAUUGCAACAACAGACGAAACCUAUGUUACGGAUGCAACUCCAGAGCUGACAACUGUUGAAGGAAUCACUAUCGUUUUGCCAACGGAUGCGUCGAUCGACCAAACAUCCACUGCAGCAGACGGAGGGGACGGAGGGGUUGCUACAACAGGCUCAAUGAUCGACCAGACAUCUGUUACAGAUGCAACUCUGGAGCUGACAACUGUUGAACGAGUCACUGGCGUUUUGUCAACGGAUGCGUCGAUCGACCAAACAUCCAUUGCAGCAGACAGAGGGGACGGAGGGGUUGCUACAACAGGCGCAAUGAUCGACCAGACAUCCGUUACAGAUGCAACUCCGGAGCUGACAACUGUUGAACGAGUCACUGGCGUUUUGCCAACGGAUGCGUCGAUCGACCAAACAUCCACUGCAGCAGACGGAGGGGACGGAGAGAUUGCAACAACAGGCGCAAUGAUCGACCAAACAUCAACUUCGGACGGAGGAAACGGAGGGAUUGCAACAACAUCCACUGCAGACGGAGGGGAGUCAUCAACUGUUACUGAAGGAACGAUGGAGUUCAGCUGUCAGUUACGGAUUCUUGAACUGAACGGUGCACUUGCGGUCUUCAACGAUCGACUCACAGACAGCAACUCCCAAGAGUUUCGUGAUGUAGCAAAUAUUAUUCGCCCGGCAGUGAUUGCAGCCCUUCGCAGGUCACCUAGGACAUCCAAUGUAGUGGAUUAUGAAGUGAUCUCGGUUCGUGAUGGGAGUUUGUUGGUGAAUGGUGUGGCCAGAUUCCCGCUCAACUCCGUCAUUGAAAGUGCAGCUAUAAGAGAGGUGCUCCAUAGUGAAGCGAUGAGCAAUAACGGAUUAAUCGACAACUCACUCACCAUUGACCUAUCGGGUACAGUCGUGACUGCCCCAACUGAGGUUUGCCCGGCAUAUGUUUGUCAAAAUGGAGGCGUGUGUACACAAAGCGGAAGUUUCCCAGAUUAUGUUUACACCUGCGGGUGCUCGGAUGGUUACACGGGAACCUACUGCGAGGAAACAGUACCUGGGAACGGUGGAAUCAUUGCCAUUGCCACUACAGUCGGUGCACUCCUGUUAUGCAGCAUUGUUGUUAUGAUAUGUGUGUGCGCCAUCAUGGCAAAUCGCUCUGAAGGUCCCCUGCAACGACGCAGACGCUUUGCACAACAGGAAGAGGACCAUGCCAGAGAGCGUUAUCGCUACGGAGUGAGGAAUUGGACUCGUCCUGCUAUCAUGCCCCGCACCGUCUUGGAAGUGGACGAUGGAUCAAUGGACGAUGCACGCGCAUUCUAUCGAACCUAUGACUACAGUACUAACUAUCGUAGAGAAGACGGAUUCUCGAGAUCUUACUCUCCAUACAUGAUACCCGGCCCAGCACUGAUGCGUAAAAUGGAUCAAGAAAGGAUGACCGACGAUUACUUGUACUAAAGAACUUUUUAUGGAACCACAUACAUGUACUUUGGAGGGUUAAAGGGAAUAUACAACAUUUGCAAACAUCGAAAAAUAAAACUAGCA